AUGCUGGGAUCGUUGGCGGGCGUCAACGUGAGGAACUGGGACACAGCCAUCCCUCCAUCGUACCUGGGCGGCGAGUGCAACGUCCUUGCCAACACGGACGACGAUCCGCAUUUCCGAGGCGCAGACGGCACCCGCUACGACUUCAAUGGCCUUCUCGACCGUUCCUUCUGCUUGCUCUCCGACCGUCGAAUCCACCUGGAGCAGGAGAGGCUGAGCAUGGAGGAACUGGGCGAGCUGGAAAGAAUGCGGACCAACGGCAGUCUGCCGUUGACUGCUGAGGUGGUGGCGGCGCUCGAGCAGGAAAUGGGUCGUCGCAGCGGCCGAGAAGGUGGCGAGAGUGGAGGGGAAGAAGAGAAGCAGCAUUCAAUUCACGCGCAGCACUCAGCGUUCUUUAAGGCGCGCGACGGCAAGGAGCAAAGGAGGGGCAGCAGCGGGUUCGUCGACCGACUGGAGCUCGACGGCUUGCCGGUGGCCCCGCCUCUCUCCGCAGGUUCUUCCAUCGUUGGCAAUGGCGGGUUCAAGCUGCUUCUGGCGGAAACACGGAGCUGCAAGGGGAAAGACGAGGACGAGUUUCAUCUCACGAUUGACGGCGUGGUGGAUAUGGGCAUCACGGCGCGCUUGGCGCAUCCACUCAUGCAGACGGCUACUGAAGCCCAGGCUCAUUUCAAUGUGCACAUUGACGGGCUCAAUCACACAAGCGGCAUUCAUGGCGUGCUGGGUCAGACCUUCCGAGCCGAGGAAUCCCGCAACGUGCGCUCGCUGCGGUACCGCCUGCUGACCCGCCUGCUGCGCGAGCCGGUGGAGGUGGAGAGCGAGAGCGGCAGAGGGUUCCUGGAUGGGCGCACGGAGGAUUAUAUCACGUCGGAUAUUCGCUCUGCAGAUUGCAUGUACGCCGCUGUGUGGCGCAGGGGCGAACACGAGCACAGCGAUGGAAGCGAUUUCAUGUGA